GCGGGGGGUGGGGGGGGGGGCAGCAGCCGGAGUGUCGGGACGAAACUUACAGACUUCCACACGGAAUAUAACCGCGGCGAUACGCGUCUCGAUCGUGCUGUUUUCACCUCGGGAGGGUGGCGAUGCUCCUCUCGGCGCCGCGCUGACCCGGGGCUGCACGCGACGGAGCUCACCGAGGAGAAGUUCGAUCGGCGAGCAGGGUGCGCUCGAUUUCCAGUCCGAUGGGUGUCAGCGCCGUCUGCCCGAGGCUCGGCUCGGCUCGCCGCUCCGAGAAGAACCGAUUAAAGGACCAAUAGGCACCGGCGAGCGCGUCCGUCCGUCCACGACGAUGCUGCAGACCUGGCGCGCACAUGACAGCCCCGGCGUGAACGCCCACCAGUCGCCCUCCGCCGUGUGAAAACCUGGAAAUACCCGCGGCCGCCCUCCCCACCCCCCCUCGUUGUGGGACCACUGAGGCUGUGCAUCACCUGGGAUACUCUGGACCCUCCAACAUAAAAAUGUCCCUCUUUUCUGCGGAGUCGAUGCUCCGACAUUCAAUCUAGACUCUAGUCAUUUAAAAAAAUAUAUUUUUAAAGAUUUCUUUUAUUUUUGAGUUUUGUGUGUUUUUUUUUCUUUUCUUUUUCAUUCUCUUUCUUGUCAGUGGAUCCGAUUCGGAUGGAAAAUGGGAGACGCCACCAAACUGGCCUUCGCCGUUUUCCUCAUCUCCUGCUCUUCAGGUGCCAUCCUAGGACGCUCGGAGACUCAGGAGUGCGCAUACUACAACUCCAGCUGGGAGAAGGAGCGCACCAACCGCAGCGGCAUCGAACCCUGCUUUGGCGAGAAGGACAAGCGGCGGCACUGCUUUGCCACGUGGAAGAACGUCUCCGGAACCGUGGAGGUCGUCAAGCAAGGCUGCUGGCUGGACGACGUCAACUGCUACGACAGUAGCGAGUGUGUGGAGAAGAAGGAGAGUCCCGACGUUUUCUUCUGCUGCUGCGAAGGCAACAUGUGCAACGAGAAGUUCCUGUACACCCCUGCGCCUCCGCAGAGCGACCCGCACCAUUCAACCGCCUACACCACGUCCAACCCAUUUUCCCAGAAGCCCCAGCUCUUCAGCACUCUUCUGUACUCCCUGGUUCCCAUCAUAGGCCUGGCGGCUGUGGUCCUCUUCUCUUUCUGGAUGUGGAGACAUCACAAACUGGCCUACCCAGCUGCCCUCGUCCCGACACAUCACGCCUUUCACAUUAUGGUGGAGGACCCCGGGCCCUCACCUCCGUCGCCCAUUUUGGGGCAGAAGCCGCUGCAGCUGAUCGAGAUGAAAGCCAGGGGGCGCUUCGGUUGCGUCUGGAAGGCGCAGCUGCUGAACGACUACGUGGCCGUCAAGAUCUUCCCCAUCCAGGACAAGCUCUCCUGGCAGAACGAGUACGAGAUCUUCAGCGUGUGCGGCAUGAAGCACGACAACCUCCUCCACUUCAUCGGCGUGGAGAAGAGGAACAACAACCUGGACCUGGAGCUGUGGCUCAUCACCGCCUACCAUGACAAGGGGUCGCUGACAGACUACCUGAAGGCCAACGUGGUGUCCUGGAAUGAGCUCUGCCUCAUCACCCAGACGACGGCCCGCGGCCUGGCCUACCUCCAUGAGGACAUCCCAGGGCACAAGGACGGACACAAACCCUCCAUUGCUCACAGAGACAUCAAGAGUAAGAAUGUGUUGCUGAAGAGUAACCUGACAGCCUGCAUUGCUGACUUUGGCCUUGCCCUGAAGUUUGAGGCAGGAAAGUCGGCGGGAGACACACAUGGACAGGUGGGAACGCGGCGCUACAUGGCUCCCGAAGUCCUGGAGGGCGCCAUCAACUUCCAGCGGGACUCCUUCCUGCGCAUCGACAUGUACGCCUUUGGCCUCGUCCUCUGGGAGCUCGCGGCGCGGUGCACAGCCGCCGACGGCCCGGUGGACGAGUACAUGCUGCCAUUCGAGGAGGAGGUGGGUCAGCAUCCGUCUCUGGAGGAUAUGCAGGAUGUUGUCGUGCAUAAGAAACUGCGGCCCUGCCUGCGAGACUGCUGGCAGAAGCACGCGGGUCUGGCCAUGCUCUGCGAGACCAUCGAGGACUGCUGGGACCACGAGGCCGAGGCUCGCCUGUCCGCUGGCUGCGUCGAGGAACGCAUCGGCCAGAUGCAGCGCCAAGCCCCCAUCAUCGGCCCUGAGGAGAUUGUCACCGUUGUCACCAUGGUGACCAACGUGGAUCUCCCGCCCAAGGAGUCCAGCUUGUGAUCAGGCCAAUCAGAUGACAGCGGAUGAGCUCGCGGGGGGAUGAAGAGCCGACCCUGGUUGGUUGGCAUAGUGGGGUUGUUUUUUUCUCCCUUUACUCCCCCCCCCCCCUUCUUUUUUUGUUCCUUUAAGUGCGGGCCGCUACUCUCGUUCAGGAAAACACCCUGCGCCCACCUCACCACAUCAGUUUAUAUCCACCUCAUUUUGAUAUGUGUGCCUAAGGAUUUAAACGUUUUAAAGGUCAACGCUCUCUCACGCCAGGCAAAACAAUUCAGGUUAUUUCCGACGACAGGCGAAAGUCGCAAAGUGACAGUGUUGACACGCUGGGACGACGACGACACUCAACACUUUUAUCAUGUCUUGUUUUUAUAUAGACACACACACACACAGGAGGGCAACCGUGUUCUGUUCGAUUUUCUACGGAGAGUGAAGAUCGUGCGGAGGAAUUUCACAGAACUCUCAGUGCAUUUUAGUGUAAAAAGAAGAAAAAAAAGACAAGUACCCGUCUCUCGGUAGAUUUGCUGUUUUCUUGUUUGCGUUUUUUCUUCUUUUCUUUUUUUUAAGAAACGACUAUCGUUCUGCCAAUAAGCAACAGCUUCUGAAUGUUUAUAGUGUAAUGCUGCUGUACAUAGUGUAUUAUGGACCCAGACAACUUGGUAAUCAAGCUUAUUUUAAAGGGGGGAGGGGAGGGAUGGGGCGGCGUUUUUUCCAUUCAAGCAUUACAACGGUAAAAACCAUAAACCUCCUUCAACCAGGUAUACCUCAGUUCAGAUGGACACAGUUUAAAUUAGUCCCUCUCACACUUUUUCAACAGCCUUGGCUCUUUGUGACCUCCAAACGAUCUGCUGUCUGCCACGACGCUCACGGGCGGCGUGAGCCAAACGAAGCCUCGUUUUUUACCCACGGCCGUACACACCGCAAACACAAGUGUCAAUCCCCCUUUUCCUCCCCUGUCUCAAUCUCGCAUUCAGUUGUGCUCCACGUUUAUUUUAUUUGUGACUGAAUUAUAACUCUCUUUUGUUCUGAUAAUGACAAAAAAAGGAAACACACCCCCCUCCCAAUCAUGAAGUUGUUGUUUAAAGCGAUUUUUUUUUUUCCGUUGAGUUUUGGGUUUGCUGUGUCAACUGUCAGCGGAUCAUGAUGUCUAUCGCUGACGAGCCUAAUUUUGGCCAUGAGAUCUGGAUAUACAUGUAAUUAUAUCUCUCCGGAUCAGCGCUGGGUACCAACUAGUGAUACCUUUGGUAUUUUACGCUUCAGGAUUGUCUUGGAGCUGAUUCUUAUUGUUCUUUUCAUUUUGUGAAAUCACAAGUGUGUGGUCUGAUUAUCUUUAGGAAAACAAACAAAAAAAACAGAUUAACAAAAGAAAUCAUGUGUUUUAUUUUUGGAAAAAGGUAUAUUAGAUUUUAAGUGCAGUUAUUAAGGAAGUUUCCCGGGGCACCCCAGGCCCUACUUUGGAAUCGUACCUGUAUUUUAGCUGAGCCAGCUUGCUUUUGAUUUGAUCGCACACAUCUUCUUCUCAAUUUUUUUUCUUUGGAUCACCAUCAAGAGUCUCUGCUCUCUUUUGAUACACCUCAGGAAUUUUUGCUACUCACCGCCUCCUCACAUCCUCCACAGCUUCCUCCUCAUCCCCACCCGUCUUGGACUGGAGUACUCCCUCUCUCGCCGAUUCCUCCGCCGUCACCUUCUUGCCUCGUCUCUACUUGUAAGGGUUGAGCCGUGCUGUCAUAAGAACCGUCCCCUGUAGACCCCACACAUCUGGUCUGGACUCAACCCAGUGAGGACAAGUCAAUUUGGCAACUUUUGUCUGGUCAAAUGUCACAAACGUUACCCCCACACACCUUUGCCGUUGCCCCAUGUGUCUUUUGACCCAGACAGACAGGGUGGUGGCCAUCAGGGGUCAUUUGUUUCCGCGAAGUUGGAGGAACAGUAUGCAUUAGACAAACCUGCUUUAAGCCAACAAAUUAGCAAUUUUCACAAAAUACAUGUUUGAAUUUUUUUUUUAAUUUGAACAGCUAGUCUCAGUUUGCUGUUCCUCACACAGGGCUGACAUGAAUGGUUUUUAAAAUCCUGCUCACACUAACCAAAAUCCCGCGGCCAACCGCAGUUAGACAAGGAACCUCUCCUUCUCUCUCUCUCUCUCUCUCUCUCAUCCUGGUGCCAUUUCUGUGUAUCCAUAUUGGUUUCUCUCGUAGAUGUCAGGCAAAACGGAUGUACCUGCCGUUGCUGCGGAGGCGGCAAUGACAUUUCUGGCUCUUUAUUUUCCUCUGAGGGACAUUGAAAACUGGUGCCGGCGGCAGACCUGCAGUAUCUCCUCAGGCUUUGGGACGGUUUCGCAGUGCGCGCCUUUAAAAUCAAGCAGUUUAUUUUUUUAAAAUUUAAAUCAAGUGGUUUAAAACACGAAGGAAAUGUCUUUCUACCGGACCGCUCUAUGAAAAUCAAGAGCUAAGUGUAACACGAAUGAAAUACGAUUAACAUGAGAUUGUUUAAACGAACCCUGGACAGGGGAAUCGAGAAUCCUCCCAUUCUGCACGGCAAAACAAGUCAAAUCUGUAACUGAGCUGUGUUAGUUUUCAGCACUCACGUGUACCCCAUCUACUCUGUAAUACAUGCUCUGUGUCAGUUCUGUAACCACAGAUUUCUUGUCUAAAAUACAGACUUUAGCGUGUCGAACGAGCUUAAUAUUAACAGUUGCCCCAGAACAAGCAGAAAUAAAUAGUAUCUUUGAGUUGAGUUUGAUUCCUGCUUCACCUCGAAAGAGAAGAUUUGGUCAAAUCAGGAGGAUGAGACGGAGAUCUGACAAGUUUGAGACACGAGACUAUUGCAACAACAAAGCAAAACCUGAAGGAAGUUAAAACCAUCACCUCCUUAUUUACUUACUGUAGCACGAGUACCAUAUUUUUGCAUCGAUAUAGCUUUCCUUUUGCCGCGGCAGUUCUUCGAUUCACUGCGUCCUUAUGGGGCUUGAACAGUCGGGUACGGUCGGUAGUGCAAACCCCAGCAGCCCUUCAAUAAGUAAUACCUCAGUCACAGGGAUUUUUGGGGGGGUUAGAAAUCUUUACCAGGGAUUCAAAUUCCCAAAUUUUUGAAUAGGGGUUAAGUUUCAGAUUAUCUUCAUACCUUCGAGAUGACCUACUAAACCAAAUCAGUGCUAAAAAGAAGUUUCUUCAUUCCUUUCGACAGUAUUAAACCUUUUUUUCUUUCUCCCCAAGUUGGUUAUCAUCAAAUGCAAAACUCGCCAGUAUUUUAGCAACCAAGUUGGUUUCAAAGGUUUAAAGAUAAACCUCCAAAUGUUUGGUUAGUUAUCUGCCAAAGAGGCUGGUAGAGUCGACCGAUCUAUCAGUCACAUCCCAGUACUGCAGGUGGAUGGUGGAAGGAGGUUCCGUUCCACCGACUUGAGUUUAAACUGCGCCUGGGAAACCGACCCAAACCGACAAAUACCAUUCAGGGAUUCAGUACUAUGCUUUUCUAAGUUCUAGCCAGUUAAAUGCAACCAGUGCCGCAAACAACCCUAAACUUCUGUAGGAUCAGCUGCAGGAGUGAUUUUCAAUACACACACACACACACACACACACACACACACACACACACUCAAAUAACUUGUAGCAUUUUAAUUUUUGUUUCCUUUUUGUUUUUUUGUUUUUUUUAAAUCCGUGACCUUGCAUAUUGAUAUGUUGUAUUUAUUUUUUAAUUUACAGGCCUGAGGUUUUGGGGAUCAGAGCUCCGGUGCAACUCGGAAUAUUGCUCUAAGAGUUGGCAUGAUUUACGGUUGUUGUUGUUGUUGCUGUUGCUGUUGUCGGGUGGGUUGGGGGGGUUUUUUGGUUGUAAUUCAGGAAAAUUCUUCAUUAAUUCUAAAAAGAAAAAGAUGUAAACUGUACAUGCUUCUUCCUAUACAGUCAUGGACAAAAACGACCGAGAAUGAAUGUUCUUCAGACUCCUGGAUUCCAGUAUUCUGUGUACUUUGAUGGAUUGAGCCCGGCCCCGUGUACCUUUAGAGGGCUUUGCGUUUGGCUGGUUUCGUGUGAUUGUGCCCUGUCGCUGUAGAAACUAGUAAAACCGACGCACUCUGGGAUCCGUUCAUGCACCUUGUUUUUCUACGGUCACGGGUGAGCGUCAUCUCUGCGGUUUCCCCCGUUGGGGAUGGCACAAUCUUCGCCGAAUGUCAAAUCGGAACUUUGUCAUUUAAAGGUGUGUGAAUGGCUCCCUUGGCGUGCAGGCUUUAUGUUUUUCUAUCUUGACCUCCUCUAGCCCAGCGCCUCACAUUGCUGUGCAUAUAAACUACCAGUGAUACAUCUGUGUCUUGUUGCCCCCCACUAUUUUAAGCAGUUCUAGGAUCUGUACAGACAUGAGAACAUACGUACCUGUAUCAACUAUAUACUCUGAGCUGAAUCUUUAUAAGUGCGUGUUGAACUUUAGUGUUUCCUCUACAUUCAUGUGUAUACUUUUUUCUUGUGUUUUGACUCAGCAGCUGGGGGGGUUGGAGGUCUGGCCCAGCCCCCGGCUGCAAGAUAAAUGCGAGAAAUAACUUUUUUAAGUUGAGCUUUGUGUAAGCUGAAAGCUAGAGGCUCAUUGGUGUUGGAAAGAAAGAAAGCACUUAAGGGUUCAUCAGCAGAAAGAAUAGACAAAAACUGUAUUGAAUGAUGAGCGUUCAGCCGAGGGGGGGGGUGUUCUGCAAGCAACCUAUUCUGGACCGCCAAUGGUUGCAUCCUGAAGAACCCCUGAAGCUCUUGCAGAGCAGUUGCAAUACUCUACAUGUGAUAAUAUACUUGGUGCCAUUAAAAACGCACAAAUAGAGUUUGGUCCAGAAAUGAAAUGUGUUAUUCGAAUAUCAACCAAAAAUUAACAAUGAACAAUACAACUGAACAUGUCUGUAUGUUUCAUAGCACUAGGGUUACCAGUCCAUUACAUUGGAUGGGGGUCAUCUGGUGAUUUGGAAACACUAACAACGCAUAACAAUUGAUUGAAAGUGACGUCAUACUUUAUUGUCCUCCUCACUUUUUUAUGGAUGUCAUCUUAGCUUUAAAAAGGCGAGGAGCCACGCCCAAAAGACGGAUCAGGACCGGCCCUCGAUGCCGACAAAUGUUAAAUACGGAUACAAGCAGUCUACACUAUGAACGUGAGUCGCCGGAAACAAUAACCUGAGCAAUAAUCCCUACUUGAGCCCAAGACCAAUUACAUAAGCCAUGUGUUUGUGCGAUUUUUAAUGGCGCAGAGUGUACAGUGAUCCACUACAGGUAUUUCAUUCCAGCAUCUCAAUCUCCUGCUAUUUUUCCCCCCCACUGUUGGUCAGAACUUUAGAGGAAACAUUGAACUCCGGCGACCCCGCCACCAAGACCCGUCGUUGGCAGCGAGACGGGUGUGGUUGCCGGGGCCGAAAAUUUCUACAUAAAAAAACAAAACAAACAAAAAAAACACUAAAGCAUUUUUGACCCCACAUUCUUCGAGGCGUUCAAGUUGCAUCGCUGAUCCAGGAUCUGCCAACGCAGCCUCUCAUGGUAAUGGUGUUCAAAGGGUUUCUGGUUUUCACGGCUGGAAGAAACUGAUGAAUCUGAUCUUUUUUUGUUGUUGUUGUUCAUGAAUCUUCAGUGGGUUGUUAUUAGAUGAGGAAAAUGUCUUGACUCUUUGCUCCUCACACUUGGGACUCUGUUGUACACUACUGACUAAAACAAAAAAAAUGUGAAAAUAGGAGAAGAACCUGAGGCCUGGAAUUUCAAACUGGAAAAUGUGUAGGAGGAAUCCGACUGGGUGUUCCCUGAGCAAGUGUGACUCUUUACCAGCUCCGGGGGUUCUCACUGACCUCUGACCUUCGGAGCCUCCCAGUGAAAGGACAAAGGAGGUGUAGAGAAAAGGGAAUUCCCUUUGCCAAGUAUUAUAGGAGAAAACCUUCAGAAAACCUGGACACAUUAUCACAGAAGAGACAAAAAUUGAUCCUCGAUCAGCGCUGUGACUCCCGGCUCCAUAGCCGUCAUCAUUUUUAUCAGCUGAAGAGAUCCACGUGAUGUAAAUAAAUGUGUUUUUAGAUUGUGAA